AUUGGUUUUAAACGUUAUGUACAAUGUAUGUUCAUGCUUCGCCUUCGUUUAGGUCACUACAUUACAUCUCUAUAUACCGUGUCAUUUCAACUUACAUUAUUUGCACAUAUUAUGUACAUUUAAAAGCAUAUAAUUUACACACCAAAGUAUAAAAAUGUAUAUUUGGCAAUUAUUUCGAACACUAUUUUACGUGGUUCGCAAAACACAGUGUUACAGAUCGGGUAGUGAGAGCCUCCUUCAGCCUAUCUGGAAUACGUCGAGUGUCGCUGCUUGCAAACAAAAUCAGCCUAUCACAGGCUCGCGCUUUGCCUAUCACGUGAACGUGCUCGACAACUUCUUUCCCCUACGCACUCACCCACAAACUCGCGACCUGUCAAACCCGUCAGAUUCCUGACUGUUCACUACGCUAUUGGCGCAAAGCUGAGUGUACAGGCAGUCGAAACUCGGAAGGUGGAGGUACGUAAUUCAAGCGCAUCCCCGAGGAGGCUACACUGGACUGGAGAAGAGAAGAAGCAAAGUCGGAGGUGGCGGCGGUCGAAUAAUAGAAAUGCAGAUCGAAUUCUAACAAAGUGCCGACAGACAUCGGGCGAACCAGUGAAGUGACCUUUCGGCAGUGCGGUGUUCUAAGACGAUUGCUCAGACACUCCUGCGAUGAUUGUUGCAGUUAAACCAUUAAGAUUUAUUUUGGAUGGGCCAUGAUACCUAUGGUGAAGCAUUACAUAUGAAGCAAGACACUUGAAGCCAAAAUUCUUUGAACCAGGAUCAUAAGGACAAGGAUAGAUUGGAAUAUUCUAUGAAUUGGUUCUAAGCUACAUUUUCAGAAAGGCCAAUAUUAACCAAAUUCUUGAGAAAUAAGUGACAUGCAAAGCAAUGAGAAUAUAAAAUGAAUGACACUAAGGCAUCAGCUAAAAAUGUUGAAGACUUGUUAUUACUGUCACAAAGAAUAGUUUAAUGAAUCAUUGAUAAAGGUGUCAUAUCUUUAUAUAAAAUUCAUACACGAAAAAGAAGGUAGCUGUACAAGCCCUACAAUUUUUGAUAACUGAUUGACAUGGCAUUGUCAUUCUUUUACAACCAUGAAGUAAUCUCUGUCGUACUAAGGAGUAAGAGUUAGAUUUAUAUUGGGGCUGUUAUCCAUUAUUUAAUGAAAGAAUAAAUAAUAAAGUCAGUCAUAAUAGUUUUGGUAACAUAAGAUUAGUAGGGGGUUUUAGUUUCUUUGCAUUCUUCUUAAACCCGGCCAUAUGUAUAAUCUCACACAUGUUAUGCAAGUGCUAAUAAUAACAAAGGACAAGUCAUAAAUAGAUAUACUUUCUUACAGGCUAUAACAUUAUUAUAAUAGUUUAAAGCAUUUCUGGUAUAUGGCACAGUCUUUCUCGGCCCUUUAAAAUAUUUAGUUUUAGUUAUAAAAGCUGAAUUUACAUGCACUGUAGGUUACAUGUACUUUCAUAUAGCCAAAUGUUAACUCAGAUUAGCUGUGGGUAUUCAUGUCGUAAGCUUGAAAUGAACAGUAUUCUCAGCCAGCCAUAUUUAUACAGAAAAAAAAAUCUGCACAUAAUUCAAAAUGGACAGUCUUUAUUCUGGGUAGAUGGGAAAUCUUCCUGUAUCACUUUAUCUGGUAAAUUACACACAGACAUAAACAUAAAUGGACUCACUGGCACUAUGUUACUGGAGUACAAAGAAGAUCUUAUAGAUGUGCAAAGGCUGUAGUAAAUCCAUUCUCUUAAGUCAAUAAGCCUUUUGAGAUUUUAAUUACACCAUUUGAGUGCUGCCAACAGAAAUUUAAAUGGAGUGACUACUAACAAAAAGGACAAGGCAUUCUUUUCAUUUUUUAUGUUUGUUCCAGUAAUGGAGAGACCAGUUGGCAGUUUGUCUCCCUUGAUUGUUGAAAACACUACAUUUUAUUUUUCCCUUUCUGCAACUCCUCAACCACUGAAGCCUGCAGUGCCUCCUUCAGUGAAGCAGGGAGUGACUGCUAUCUAUGCCACCUUGUAUGGGCUUCUCUUCCUCUUUGUGUACUUGCAGCUAUGGCUGGUCUUACUGUAUAGACACAAGAGGCUGAGUUACCAGACUGUCUUUCUCUUCCUAUGUUUACUUUGGGCUGGCCUGAGGACCACUUUGUUCUCUUUCUACUUUCGGAACACUAUGACUGCAAAUCAUCUUGACCCAUUCUCCUUUUGGCUACUGUACUGUUGUCCUGUUUGCCUCCAGUUCUUCACACUCAAUCUCAUGAAUCUUUAUUUUGCACAGGUGGUAUUUAAAGCUAAGACUAAGUUCAAUCCAGAGAUAAGCAAAGGCUUCACAUUUACCAGAGCCUUGCUUCUCACAGCUAGCCUGGUGUUUCUUAUGGUGAAUCUGACUUGUGCCUUACUAGUCCGGAUGCAGCAAAGGGAGAGCUGGACAGUGGUUCUUGUACGAGUCCUGAUCAAUGACACCCUCUUCAUUUUGGAAGCUGUCUCUCUAGCUGCAAGUCUGGUGACCCUGGCAAAGCUGUCUCCAUCAACCAGCAUCUACCUGCAAGCAAAGGGAACUACAGUAUGCCGGACUGCUGCCUUAGGAACGUGUGUAAUACUGCUCUUCACCAGCAGGGCAUGUUAUAAUCUAGCAGCAUUAGUUCUCUCCAGAAAGAAGCAAAUGGAUUCCUUUGACUUUGAUUGGUAUAAUAUUUCUGAUCAGGCAGAUCUGCAAAUGGACCUUGGGGAGAAUGGCUACUUAGUAUUUGGUGUUAUCUUAUUUGUGUGGGAACUUCUGCCCACUGCCUUGCUGGUUGGGUUCUUCAGGGUACGCCGGCCAUGCCAAGAUAGGGCUAACACUGGGCUUAUCAAUGGGCAAAGCACUGGGCCACGCUCUUAUUUUUUUGAUAGUCCUCACCAGUAUGAAGUCAAUUUUCCUGCACCUUGGCUUUCUGCAGGACAAGCUGAAAGAUCCAGUUUAACAGGAAGCCUGCAAGAGAACAGCUGGUAUGGUGCGAUGACAAGAAAUGGCACAGAAGCUGGCUGGUUUGGACACAAUGAAACUGCACCUCUUUUGUUUGCCAGGGAUACUGUACAAACCAAUCAGCACCAUAGUCUGUACUCCACACCACAGAACUAAAGUGGCACCUUCUCCUUCCAUUUACCAUCACCAAAUAAUCCUGAACAGAUGGUGCUUACACUAGUGAGGACUCAUUUAGCUAACAUUUACUUGGCUUCUCCAUAAAGACUGUCCGAAACAGAGACGUUCACAUGAGCGCUCUCUGGUUUAGGUGGUCUGGAUUGCAAUGCUUACAAAUGCAUGGAACUGUAGAAUUUCAUUGUUACAGCUUGGAAAGUUUCCUCCCUACUUCUAUACUUUUGCAAAACAUAAAUUCAGAUUAUAAGAGGGGAAGCCAAUUUUAGAGGGACCAUAAAUGUGCUCUGAUCCAGCUACUUCCUUACAUUCAUUAGGACAUCAAUAGAAAAACCAAAGGAGAACCUUAUACCACAGCAGACUUUGUUUAAACAAACACUCUGAGCAUCCCCUUGUUUUAAUGUGAAGACCGCAUUUUAGUUUGGGGACAUCAAACACUGUUGAAACUGUUUACUAAAACAUCGAAACCAAAAAGUUUCAUUCAGUUUAAUGAAGAUUUUCAUUUUCUUGCAAAUGUGCACUGUGACAAUUUACCUAUUAACCUUUUAGCUUGGUGGUGUCACCAUUCCAGCGCACACAUUCCUACGAAACCGAGGGGCUGUUGUCACUUUUGUGCAAAAUAUUGCUUUGCAAGAGUAGAUCUGGACAAUUUGAAUGCAUAACAUCAUGUGCACUCAUCAGCAGUUUAGAAUGCAUUGUAUCCUAAGCAUUAAAGAGGAGCUUCUAAUCAGCCAUAGGAAUCUCACUAUGGGUCUCAUACUCACUCCACUAAAAUUUAUAAAAACUGAAAAGGAACAGAGCUGUAUGUUUCAUGGACUAUGAUAUUUUGGGAGCAGAGGUUUGAUAAAUAUUUUUGACUUUGCUUUAAAGAAUCAAAGUUAAUUUGCUUUGUUUCAGUAACCUGAAAUGCACUUUAUGGCUUGUACUUGUACUGAAAUAACCUAAAAGAUACUUGCAUAUUUUAUUCUAAAAUAGUUUCCUAUUGCAGUCUGUUUUAAUUUCCUUUUGUCAAUAAAAACAGAUAUGAAGUGUCUUUUGUGUGACCAUAUCAUAGGAAAAUAUUAGCGCACUGCCAUAUUUCUCUGUAUCGGGUACUAAUAAAUAUUGCUAAUUUAUGGAUGAGAGUUGUGCACAUUCCCAUAUCUCCCUAGUGUCCACUCAAGCCCGUGACAAAUCCCUGCAUCCCCCUAUAACUGACUUGCACUUCCAAAGAGUUAUGUGUGUCAUACGGUGCCCUCAGAGAAGGAGGUAAGUCAGGAGUGCCAAACUGAUCAAGUAAAUGCAAGAUUCAAUAGUUACUUGUACAGGCAGUGAACAGCAAGAACCUGAAACUGAUGGUAAAGAAAUUCUUUGUUGCAGUCAUUGUGAGAGUUCAAACCGUCAUUUACAUCGUUACAAGACCAAGAUUGAUCUUUAAGGCCAGUGCGUUAUUCCAAUGUAAUACUAACUUAAGCACUAAAUAUACUAACCUUUG